AUGUCUAGCAAUUUCAAGGAGCAAGUGGUUCAUGAAGAUAAUGCGGAGGAGAUUGAUGGAGGGACAGGGCUAGAGGAUUGGCAUAUGGUGAGCGAGAAUGACACUCGCAACACCAGUUCAUCUGAAAGUUACGAUCAAGAAAGUAAUGAGCAUCCACACACUGAGAAAAAUGGUGAAAACUUACGGAGGGCUUUAUCAAAAUUGUUUCUCAAGCCUUUUUCAAAAAUUUUUGAUAGUGGUGGUGUGGAUGGACGUAAGAUUGGGUGGCUAGUCAUAUCCAGCAGAGAAAUUGGCAAGGGAAGCAAUGGUACUGUUGUUCUUGAGGGAUUUUAUAAUGGCCGUCCUGUUGCUGUCAAACGUCUUGUGAAAACCCAUCAUGAAUUGGCUGGUAAAGAGAUUAAACAUCUUAUUGAUUCUGAUCAUCAUUCAAAUAUUGUUCGAUGGUAUGGAGUGGAGUAUGAUCGAGAUUUCAUCUAUCUUUCUCUGGAGCGUUGUAAUUGUAAUUUAAGUGAUUUAAUUCAAACAUCCUCAGAUUCUUCUCCAAAUCUUACAUUUAAUGAGGAUCAGGCAACAAACUCAAUGACUGAUCAGUUCAAUGUUCGGUUGGAUUCAGCGGUAGAACUUAGCAAAGAUAUUGAAUUGUGGAAGAAUAAUGGGUAUCCUUCACCCCAUUUGCUAAAUCUUAUGAGGGAUGUGGUUUGUGGCCUAGCACAUUUGCAUGACCUAGGAAUCAUUCAUAGAGACUUGAAACCUCAAAAUGUGUUGAUCAUAAAGUAUCAAUCAUUAUGUGCAAAACUCUCUGACAUGGGUAUUAGCAAGCGCCUUACUAAGGAUAAGUCUUCCUUGGGUCACAAUCCUACUGGUUGUGGUACUUCAGGUUGGCAAGCACCUGAACAGCUCCUUCGUGGACGCCAAACACGUGCAGUAGAUUUAUUUAGCUUAGGCUGUGUCCUCUUCUUUUGCCUCACGGGAGGUAGACAUCCUUUUGGUGACGAUAUUGAACGUGAUGUAAAUAUUAAGAACAACAAGAUGGAUCUUUUCCUGGUAGAGCAUAUUCCUGAAGCUACGGAUCUUCUCUUUCAGCUGUUAAACCCUGAUCCAUUGUUGAGGCCCAAGGCGAUGGAAGUAUUGCACCAUCCUUUGUUUUGGAAUUCCGAGAAGCGGCUGUCAUUUAUUCAAGAAACCAGUAACAGGUUAAAAAUGGAAAUUAAAUCUGAACUCCUAGAUGCAUUAGAAAAUGUUGCACCUGAUGCUUUUGGUGGGAAAUGGAAUAAAAAGAUGGAACCUGUAUUUAUCAAUCAUAUUGGCCACAAGCAAUAUAAGUUUGGUAGUACUCGUGAUCUAUUACGGCUCAUGCGAAACAAGUCGAAUCAUUAUCGAGAACUUCCUAAAGAAAUCCAGGAAAUUCUUGGACCAGUUCCUGAAGGGUUUAAUGGUUAUUUUUCACGUAGAUUCCCAAAACUCUUAAUUGAAGUGUAUAAAGUUGUACGUACAUAUUGCAGGGAAGAGGGGAGUUUUUCAAAGUAUUUUUAAGGAUAGUCUGUUGUAAUUUUAACCUGUUUCUAACUGUCAAAGUGUCCUUACGUA